AUGCCUGCUACAAACCACUACACAGCUCUUGGACUGGUGCCAUCGGCUGCUCCGGAAGUGAUUCGCGCAGCAUACAAAGCGCUAGCUCUGAUAUGCCAUCCAGGCAAGACCAUGCAUCUUGCAGCUAGAGAGCGGGCCUCUCGCGCUGCGGCGUUUAAUGAAGUGCAGGUUGCAUACGAUGUAUUGGGCAACCCUGCCAUGAAGGCAGCAUAUGACGCUCAAUUAUCGCCUCAGGCGAGUAGGAUCGCGAAAGCCUCGGCUGCGUCAGAUGCUUCUUCAUCUCCCAGCCGUAGAUCGACUGUGAAGCUGACAACUCCAGAGGAGAAGACGGCCCUGCGAGCUAAGGCGCGCCAAUCACUCGAGGAACUCCUACAGAAACGACAGAAGCGCGAUGCGCAAGAAUCGGAAUUAGAUGUUGUUGGACUCAGGGAUCUGGCCCAGACUUGGACGCAGCUUGCUGAAGAGAACAGUUUCGAUCCAGCCAUGCGUGCUCAUUGCGCGAUCCGCAUCCACGAGUACGAGCAGAAGAUUGCGCAGCGCGAGCGUGAGCACGAAGAAUGGCUAUCGAAUAUGUCGACUGCAAAGCAGGGAACAUACACGCCUGCUUCCGCCUCGCCCGAACGGCGCUCCACACCGAAUGCGCCGAAGAAGCCAACUCUUUGGCGCACUACAACAUCGGCUCAGUCUUCGCCUGCCACUCCUUCACGGGCCGCAAAGCCCACACAGCGAGCUGAAGAGCGGAAGUGUAUCGAUGAUGAGUGCAAAGCAGCUGAAACCGCACGUUCGGAAGCUCGUCUUGUUGAAAAGGCCAAACGUGAGGCUGCGAAGCAAGCCCUCUUGGACCAGAAGGCCGCUGCCAUCCGUGUCGAAAAGGAGAAGCUGCAAGCUCGCAUUGAUCUUCAAGCCCGGACUGCAGCCGAGCGCAUUGCGAAAGUUCGUGCCAAAGCUGGCGCGGCGCCUCUAGGCACUGUUGGUGCCGUUGUAGAUGAUCCAGCCACCGCCGGUCCUCCGACUCCUCCAUCUGUCGCGGGCCACACAAAGCAUCCGUUUGUUCCAGUCCAGGUGAAGAAGGUUUGCGACAACUGCGAUGCUGAGCACGCCACCUUUCGCGACUGGCGGGCGUGCAAUGCACAUGUCGCACCGGUAGGCGAUGUUGUUGACGGAUAA